UUCUUUUGACGUAUUGGUUUCUUUUGGGUUAGUUAAAAUGUUGUAUCCAAUAUUAUAGCUUGGGCUGUUUUGCGAACAAGUACAACUCCAUGUUAAGAUAUUCUAAGUAUAUGAAAACUUUUUUGAGAAACUAUCGAACUUUUGUAAGAUUGAGAAGCUUAAAUAGGCCUCGGGGUAAUCAUGAGUUUGUAACUGUUUUCCCUGCUUAUUCUCCAUAUAUUCUCCUCAGGUUUGAAGUUUCACUGUGUGAGAGACAGCACACUAAAAACGAUGAACACUUGGAACUGUUGAAUGAUAUCUAGUUGUUUCAAAAAAGCUUUCGUGCACAUUUUGCAAAGAAAAGGUUUACUUUGUACACCUGUUGAAUUGCCGGAAGCGUGGACGUAAGUACUUUCUUUCUCUUGGUUUUUUGUCUGUCGGCAAUGAUGAACGUGAAUAAGAGGAUAAGUUCAGAGGUAGAGAGGAGUAUUUUCUAAAUUUGCUCCUAGGAACCUUCAGAGUUGUGCGUAACAACGAGGCUUGUUCCACCUUCUGAGCUUUAUGAAUUUCCUUAACCACUCUGAACUUUGGCUCUUUUAUUGCCGCACUUUUAUUCUGUCUUAAACUAACUUGCUGUCUCUGUAGGAUACGUUUUCAAUCCAAGUUCCGUGGAAUUACAAACUGAACAAUUACGCGUAGUGUAGAACUAGUAUACUGCGAAGUUAUUGGGAUGGGGCUAUCAGUGUAUUCCUUAUGUUCUGAUUUUGAAGUUUUUUCUUUCAAUUUUGUAGCAGAGGGCGAAUAUUUGAGUUGACGCUGUGUAUAUAAUCACAAACAAUAUGUGAAAACUUCUCUCGCGUUUGUUUUGGAAACUGAAAUAUUGCAGAGAUACUUAGUCUAUCCAUAUUGCAUUCUUGUAAAUUGGCAUUUUUAUAUAUGAUAUGUCUUUGUCCUGCGUUUGAGAUACAAAAUAUCGCAGAAUAGCAUUGAUAGAAGAAGCGUUUAACUUAAACAUA